CUCUCCUCUCCUCCUCUGGUGGAUCAGGACCUGAUCUGUGUCGGAGCUGGAGGAGAGCAGAGCUUCUCCGCAGCCUCCCGCCGAACCAUCAUGGAUCUUUGCGCUCAAAUCUUUCGGAUUAUCGCUUCACUCGUUCUGUUUGCGUCAUUUCUGAGCCGGACAGCCGCAGAGGAGGUGUGUGACGGGACGCUGGUGUCCAACCUGCCGCCGUCCUCCUUCAGGAGCUCCUCCCAGCUGUCCGUUAGCCACGCCCCUGGCUUCGCCAAACUCAACAGAAGAGAUGGAGCAGGAGGCUGGUCCCCCCUCACUUCAGACAGGUAUCAGUGGCUGCAGGUGGACCUGGGCGAGCGGACCAGGAUCACCGCCGUGGCCACGCAGGGGCGCUACGGCAGCUCUGAUUGGCUGACGUCCUACCUGCUGGUGUUCAGCGACACGGGCCACAACUGGAAACAGUACAGACAGGAGGACAGCCCAGGGUCUUUUCCAGGUAACACUAACGCAGACAGUGUGGUUCAGUACAAGCUGCAGCAGCCGGCAGUGGCUCGCUUCCUCCGCCUCCUUCCUCUGGACUGGAACCCCAGCGGGCGGAUCGGACUCCGCCUGGAGGCCUACGGAUGUCCUUACUCCUCUGAUGUGGUGAGCUUCGACGGCGACAGCAGGCUGACGUUCAGACCGGGUCCCGGACAGAGGCGGGCGUCCAAACAGGUCGUCUCCCUGAAGUUCAAGACCCUGAGGAAUUCUGGGACGCUGCUGCAGGCGGAGGGACAGGAAGGACUCAGCCUCGGUCUGCAGCUGAAGAGAGGGAGGCUGCUGCUGCUCAGGCAGGGCACCUCCUCCGAGCCCCGGGAGCUGGCCUCUCUCGGCAGCCUGCUGGAUGAUCAGCAUUGGCACCACGUCGCUCUGGAGCAGAGAAACGUCCACCUGAACCUGACGGUGGACAAACACACCGAGGCGGUUCAGAUCCCCGAGGAGUUCAGCCUCUGGGCCGUCAAGCAGAUGAGUGUAGGAGCAGCCCAGAAUACAGCCGUCUUUAAAGGGAACUUCCACGGCUGCCUGGAAAACCUGCUGUUCAACAGCAUCAACCUGAUCGAGCUGACGAAGCACAGCAGCCCCCACGUUACGGUGCAGGGCAAUGUGACCUUUUCCUGUCCCGAGCCCGUUUCUGUGGCCGUGACGUUCCCUGGACCCCGGAGCUUCCUCCAGCUGCCGUGGGCGAGCGCGUCCACGUCAGAGGGCGUGUCCGCGGGGUUCCAGUUCAGGACGUGGAACGAGGCGGGGCUCCUUCUCACCUUCGACCUCCCUCGGCAGGGGGGCGUGGUCUGGGUGCUCCUGAGUGAGGCCCGACUCCUGGUGAAGAUCCACGCAGGAGGCAGAGUGCUGCUGGAGCUCAGCGCAGGUUCUGCUCUAAACGAUGGUCAGUGGCACUCUGUGGAUCUGAUCUCCAGACGUGGUCGUCUCACCGUCUCUGUUGACAAACAGGAAGGAGGCGUUGCUCACGCCGCCCCCUCCUUUCCUGUUUCAGCACCGAAUCACGUCUUUUUUGGAGGUUGUCCUCCCGACGACGCCAACCGGGAGUGUAAAAACCCCCACGACGUCUUCCAGGGCUGCAUGCGUCUGCUCGCUUUGAACAAUCAGCCGGUUGAUCUGAUCAUGGUGCAGCAAGGACUUCUGGGAAAUUACAGCCAACUGCAGAUGGACAUGUGUGGAAUCAUUGACAGAUGUUCUCCCAGUCACUGUGAACAUGGCGGACACUGCAGUCAGUCCUGGACCACGUUUCAUUGCAACUGCUCCGACAGCGGCUACAGCGGCGCCACCUGCCACAGCUCUGUGUACGAACCGUCCUGUGAAGCGUACAAACACAACGGCAACACGUCUGGAUAUUUUUACAUCGACGUGGACGGCAGCGGAGCGAUYAGACCCCAGCUGGUCUACUGCAACAUGACAGAUGAGAACACGUGGAUGGUGAUCCAGCACAACAACACAGAGCUGACCAAAGUCCGUCCGUCUCCAGGCGUCAAGCAGCACUCGGUUCACUUUGACUACGGGUCUGAGGAGGAGCAACUGUUGGCAGUCAUCAACCAAUCAGAGCACUGCCAGCAGGAACUGUCCUACCACUGCAGGAAGUCCCGCCUCCUAAACACUCAAGAGGGUUCACCAUUCAGCUGGUGGCUCGGGGGUCCUGGUCCCGGACAAGUCCAGACCUACUGGGGAGGAGCUCAUCCAGGCAGCCAGCAGUGCGCCUGCGGCCUGCAGGGGGAUUGYGUAGAUCCACAGCACUACUGCAACUGUGACGCCGACCGCAAUGAGUGGACAGAGGACUCGGGUCUUCUCAGCCACAAGGCGAGCCUCCCGGUCCGGUCUCUGGUUCUGGGGGACGUCCAGCGGCCGGGGUCAGAAGCCGCCUACAGGGUGGGACCGCUCCGCUGUCAUGGAGACAGGAACUUCUGGAACGCGGCGUUUUUCGACAAGGAGACGUCGUACCUCCACUUCCCGACGUUCCACGGGGAGCUGAGCGCCGACGUCUCCUUCUUCUUCAAAACCACGGCCUCCUUCGGGGUGUUCCUGGAAAACCUGGGCAUCAAAGACUUCAUCCGGAUCGAGCUGAGCUCUUCCACUCGCGUCGUGUUUUCCUUCGACGUUGGUAAUGGCCCGCUGGAGGUCGGCGUGGAAUCCGACRUCCCGCUGAACGACAACCGCUGGCAUCGGGUCCGAGCCGAGCGCAACGUGAAGGAGGCGACUCUUCGGGUGGAUGAGCUUCCUGUCGCUGCGCAGGAAGCUCCAGCUGACGGRCACAUUCACCUGCAGCUCAACAGCCAGCUGUUCAUAGGUGGCACGGCGUCCAGGCAGAGGGGUUUCCGGGGAUGCAUCCGCUCCCUGCAGCUCAACGGCGUCACCCUGGACCUGGAGGAGAGGGCCAAGAUCACGCCCGGGGUCCGGCCCGGCUGCCCCGGUCACUGCAGCAGCUACGGCUCGCUCUGUCAGAACCGGGGCCGCUGUGUGGAGCGAGUCAGCGGCUUCUACUGCGACUGCAGCGAGUCUGCUCACACCGGAGUCUUCUGCCACACAGAGGUGUCAGCCAGCUUCAAGCCAGGAACGUCCAUCAGAUACGUCUUCCAGGAGCCCUCUGAGUGGAGCAGGAACAGCAGYGACCUGCCCUCCGUCUUCUCGGACCCAAUAAGAGGAGAAAACGUUUCUCUGAGCUUCAGRACGGCUCAGAGUCCAGCUCUGCUGCUACUCGUCAGCUCCCACUACAGAGAGUCCCUGGUCCUGCUCAUCAACAGGCACGACGAGUUGGAGCUGAGGUACAAGCUGGAYGGCAGCAGACAGGCUGAGGUGUUGAGGAGCGGCGUGAGGGGCGUGGCCAAYGGACAGCUGCACACGGUUAGCGUCAGGAGGACGGCGGACUUCGUGUCCCUGCAGGUCGACCAAAAUGCGAGAGAAACCUUCAACCUGACGUCUUAUGGAGAUUUAAGCAGCAUCAAGUCUCUUGUUUUGGGCAGAGUUCACGAGUCCGACAACUUGGAUCCGGACCUGGCCCGGCUCGGGUCUCUGGGUUUCACAGGCUGUCUGUCGGUGGUCCACUUUAACUCCAUCAGUCCUCUGAAAGCAGCUCUUCUCAACCCAAACACCAGCCCCGUUUUCAUCUCCGGACCUCUAGUCCAGUCCAACUGCGGGUCUUCAGCUUCAGCCAACCCCUACUCAGCUGAGAACACACACCACCUGUCAGACCAGUCUGGUUCUGUAGGUUCGGGUCAACCUUUAGUUAAUGCCAUGAAGACGGACUCGGCUCUGAUCGGAGGCGUCAUAGCCGUCGUCAUCUUUGUGAUGGUGACCGUCCUGGCCGUAACCGCCAGAAUCCUCUACAGGAGAAAAGAGACGUAUCAAAACCAAGCCGUGAAGGGCGUCAAACAGGAAGACAGCCAGGACUUCCCUUACAACAACCAGGCCGACCCACAGAGCGUCUCCGGUGAAAACCCUAAAGAUUUUUUCAUGUAACCGGAGGCUCCGUUUGCACCCCGAUGAGCUGCUCUUUUUUUGUUUUUGUUUUUUUUCUGAGGCGGCUGCAGACAGGAAGCAUCCUGCGAUGCCUYGGGACUAUUUCACACUGCACUACGAGCCAUUAACACACUCUGACGGAUGCGAUAUUCUAGAACUAAAAGAAGGAACAGUUUUGUCUUUUAUUAUAUAUUGUGUAUAAAGCUGAUGUAAACCAACAGCARAGCUGGAGCAGAAAGUUGUUCCAACAAAUGUAAUUAUUAAAAAAAACUACAUGUUUGAAGUAAUAACACUCUGUCCUUGUGAAAAGAUUGUUUUAUGGAUUGUUUAACUUAAUUUCUUUAUUCUGGCGUGUUCGGGAUUUGACUGAAAGCACUUUUCUGUGGGGAAUGAAUGAAUGUUUGUUUUAAUUUGACGGGAAAUGUUUUAUUCAGACCCUCAAGUGGAGCACGUCUGUAAGGAGCUGCUGUUUGCUUUAGACGAACAAAUGUUGAGAGAAUUAAACUCUAGAACGUUUCUUAAAACUCCUCUUCACACUGGAUGAUAAUCUUCCCACAACUCAGCCAGAACGUGGGUGGUCUUUGAAGGGUCUUGACGAGGUCCUCAGGUGUGUACUAAAACCCAGUGGGUUCUUAAUGAAGGACAGGUCAUUUGGUCAUAGUCACAGUCUAGAUUUUGGUUGUGAUCAUGGUCUAGGUCAUAGUCAUGGUAGUUGUAGUCAUGGUCGUGGUCAUGGUCACAGCCUAGGUUGUGGAUGUGGUCAUAGCCUAUGUAAUGGUUGUGGCUGUGAUCAUGGUCCAGGUAAUAGUCUUGGUCACGGUCUAGGUUGUGGUUGCAGUCAUAGUUGUAGUAGUUGUGGUCGCCGUCUAGGUAAUGGUUGUGGUCUAGGUCAUAGUCGCAGUCUAGAUCACAGUCUUCAUCGUAGUGGUCACAGUCUAGGUUGUGGUCUAUGAUUGCAGUCUAGGUUGUGAUCUAUGGUUGCGGUCUAGGUUGUGAUUGUGGUCAAGAUUGUGGUUGCGGUCUAGGUUGCAAUCUUGGUCGAGGUGGUAGUGGUCUAGGUUGUGGUCUGUGGUUGCAGUCUAGGUUGUGGUUGCGGUCUAGGUUGCAGUCUUGAUGGUUGCGGUCUAGGUUGUGGUUGUGGUCCAGGUCGCACUCUUGGUGGUUGCAGUCUAGGUUGUAUUUGUGUGGUCCAGGUCACAGUCUUGGUUGCGGUGGUCGCAGUCUAGGUUAUGGUGGUCUUAGUCGUGGUCUAGGUCAUGGUCACAGUUUAGGUUGUGAUGGUGGUCUAGGUCAUGGUUGUGGUCUAGGUCGCAGUCUUGGUGGUUGCGGUCUAGGUUGUGGUUGUGGUCCAGGUCGCAGUCUUGGUUACUGUGGUCAUAGUCUAGGUUAUGGUUGUCUUAGUUGUGGUCUAGGUCGUGGUUGCAGUCUAGGUCACGGUCUAGGUCGCAGUCUUGGUCAAGGUGGUAGUGGUCUAGGUUGUGGUCUGUGGUUGCAGUCUUGGUUGUGGUUGCAGUCUAGGUCACAGUCUUGGUUGUGGUGGUCGCGGUAUAGGUUGUGGUGGUCUUAGUCGUGGUGUAGGUCAUGGUCACGGUUUAGGUUGUGAUCAUGGUCUAGGUUGCAGUGAUCGGGUUCUUGAUGGAACGAGGUGUCACUCGGUCRCUGAGAAUCUGAAGCAAGACUGGUAAUGCUGGCUAGCCCCCUACGCCGAGGCUGCGGCCACAAUUGCAUCAAAAUCAUGAAAUUUUCAUUCUGCAGAYGUAAAGCUCGUGGCGGUAGCAUCAUGUWAACAUUCUACCGURUAGCAAAGAGCWCCCAUGCAUGUGACAAAAUACGUCUCUUGGGACAGGUUGGUAACACCAGUGACAAAUUCUAGAUAGGUUUGAAUUAAAUGCUGUGACUUUGUUGUUGCUCAAAUUAAUUGAUUCAAGYGAUAAGUUUGUGAAUCUCUGCAAAUGAAACGAGGAAAGCGAGAACCUUGUGAUUGUCCCGAAACAUUCCAAAGCCUCUAUGGACGCUGUUCUCUACCUUGUCACAGAUACCACCAUAAGAUACCACCAACACCAACCUGCRAUGUGUUUAAGCUAUCUUAAUGGGAUUUUGGAAAAAAAUCAAGGCUUUAUGUGUGGAUUUCACYCCUCGUUUGGUUCAAGGUCCAUUAAUGAAAGCUCACAUUGUCCUGAGUUGAUGGUUGUUUGAUYGGUGAUUUAGGAACCACCAGGUAAAGCUUAAAGAGGACCAUAACGGUACCACGACCAAUCCAAUUCUUUACAAAUAAGUGUAUUCAUAUUUAAGAUCCACAAAUUCCAUAUCAAGUUUGGUGCAAAAAGUCCUGAGUGACGCCUUUAAACCAAAUCUUCAAUGCUUAGAAACUUCCUAAAAGUGACAUUUCUUGUAUUUUAAUACAAAUAAAGUCAGAUCAAAAGCAGGAAGCCUCAAGGAGUAAGAGGUUUUUCAAAAUAUGCAUUAUUAGGACACAUUCAGCCCAGAAAAUGUCUAUAAAAUACCAAGACAUUUGAUGUUUUUCUAACUUAAAUAAGAAYAUGAAUUAAACAUUUUCAUCCAG